AUGAAGGUUGAUAUGUUGAAGCCUCGCAGAGUGAAAAUGAAACCUCUGAUCAGCAGCUUGAGAUCGGUGAUCCUAAUAAUGCUAAGCUUAGGUCUUCUCUCCAUCAUCCUCUAUCUUCGUUACAGGGCGCCAUUUCCAGUGCAGUCUUCUAAGAUUAAUUCAUCAUCGUCAAUUGGCUCAAGAAAAGAUCCGUCUUCAUCACCACUAGAGUCUCCAGCUGGGAAAGCUACUACUGGUACUGCGAUUAAUGGUUCUAAAUGCAAUAUAUUCAAAGGAAAGUGGGUUCCGUAUGCUGAGGGGCCAUAUUAUUACCCAAAUUCGACUAGAUGCCGGAUAGAUGAUCGCCAAAACUGCCUGAAAUUCGGGAGGCCAGACACCGAGUUCAUGAAGUGGAGAUGGAAGCCAGAUGAAUGCGAGCUCCCCCUCUUCGACGCAGCCGAGUUCUUGGAGCUUGUUAGAGGCAAGUCCAUGGCCUUUAUUGGGGACUCGGUGGGGAGAAAUCAGCUCGAGUCUCUCAGGUGCCUCUUGGCCAGUGUGGCCAGCCCCGUAGAAGCCACAAAUGAGGGAGAUGAAUUCGAGCACUGGGUCUAUGCCGACUACAACUUCACGCUAGCGCUCAUAUGGUCGACUAAUUUGGUGAGGUUUUCGGAGUACAAAAGCAAAAGCAAUGGCGGCAAUGCUACUUCUCCCCCCAUGAUCAAGUAUCUACUGAACCUCUACUUGGAUGAAGUCGAUGAGAAAUGGGCAUCUAACAUUGCGAAAUUCGACUAUGUGAUCAUGUCAGCUGGCCACUGGUUCUCUAGGCCAUUGAUAUACUACCAGAAGGGCGAGGUUGUUGGGUGCCACAAUUGCCAAAACGAGAACUUCACAGAUCUCACGAGGUUCUAUGGCUACAGAAUGGCCUUGAGAACUGCCUUUAGGGCCAUUCUGAGAAGGGCCCCAAACUUCAAGGGCUUGCUGCUUUUGAGGACGAUAUCACCGACGCAUUUCGGGAUUGAGGAUUGGGCGAAGGGGGGGAAUUGUUCAAGGACAAGGCCAUAUGCAAAGGAAGAAGAAGAAUUGGAAGCUCACGUUUUGGAGUUUUACUUGACUGAGGUGGAUGAGUUCAGAGCAGCAGAAAGAGAAUUGGGGAGAGCAAGGGGAUUGAAUCUGAAGCUUGGGUUGCUGGACGUUACAGAAGCCAUGGGGAUGAGGCCAGAUGGCCAUCCAAGCCAUUACGGCCACCCGCCUGAGAAGAGGCAGGCCAUUGCUGAUUGCCUCCACUGGUGCCUGCCAGGCCCCGUUGAUUUAUGGAACGAGCUUCUGCUCCAUGUUAUGAGGCCACAACAACCCCAAGAACAUAUCAUCUAA